GUUCCUACCCUGUGAACCUAUCUUGUCAAGUUGGGUUUUCUUAAUUUCAUAGUUCAAUGAUGAGUCGAAUAGUUUUUUGCUCAGUUAGCUUUCAUCUCCUGCUUUUAUUUUGGUCAAGCCUGCUAUCUUAUGGUUCAGUUGCUUUUGCCAGUUCUGUGUUCAAAGGCAAUGAAACCGAUAGACUUGCAUUGCUUGAAUUCAAGGCUAAAGUUACUCAUGAUCCUCUUCAGGUUUUGAGCUCAUGGAAUGAUUCCAAUCACUUUUGCCAAUGGGAGGGUGUUACAUGUAGUCGGCGUCACCAAAGGGUUAACAGAUUAGUUCUUCCUGAUUCAAAGUUGGAGGGAUCUCUAUUACCAUCUAUUGGAAAUCUGAGUUUUCUUAGAGUUUUGCAACUCAAUAACAACAGCUUCCACAAUGAAAUCCUUCACGAGAUUGGCCAUUUGUUCAGGUUACAAUUUUUAGGCCUGGAAAAUAAUUCAUUUGGAGGGGAAAUUCCUAGCAACUUAUCAGGCUGUGCCAACCUCGAAUGGUUUACUGUUGGCAAUAAUAAGAUGGUAGGGAAAGUUCCAGGGGAGCUUGGCUCUUUGGCAAAGCUUCGUGGACUUUAUUUACUCCUCAACAAUCUGUCAGGAGAAGUGCCACCUUCCUUGGGAAAUUUGUCAUCUCUUGUGGUACUUUCAGCAAGUAAAAAUCAAUUUGAAGGAAGAAUUCCAGCAACACUUGGUCGAUUGAAGAGGAUUCAAAUAAUUGCAUUUGGAGAAAAUAAGCUAUCAGUGGAUUAUCUUCACAAUCAUGGCCAAACACCAAUGGUUCACUGUGAUCUCAAGCCAAGCAAUGUUCUUCUUGAUGAUGAGUUGACAGCACAUGUAGGUGACUUUGGAUUGGCAAGAUUCCUUCCAGAGGGCACCCAUAGUCUUUCAAGUAAUCAAACAAGCUCCAUUGGUGUAAGAGGAACUGUUGGUUAUGCUGCUCCAGAGUACGGUAUGGGAAGUGAGGUUUCAACUCAUGGUGAUGUGUACAGUUAUGGAAUACUCUUAUUGGAGAUGUUUACAGGGAAGAGGCCAACCGAUGAGAUGUUUAAUGGUGAUCUGAAUCUUCAUGAUUUUGUCAAGGCAGCUAUCCCUGAACGAGUCAUUGAAAUAGUGGAUCCAAUUCUUCUUCAAGAAAAUGAAGGAGGACAGACAAGCCUAAGAAGUCACAGUGUUCAGGAGAGCUUGAUUUCGAUAUUUGGAAUUGGAGUCACUUGCUCUUCAAGGUCGCCAAGUGAAAGGACGAACAUGGAUGAUGUUACAUCUCAACUGCAUUCUAUCAAGAACAAAGUUCUACAAACUCCAAGACGGGGUCAGAAGCUACUGUAAUUGUAUGAGUAAUUUUCUUGCGUUUUACAAUUAAAUGUCCUAUGCAACUUCAGAAUAAGGUUUGUUAAAUAAUGUUCAACUCUCAAUAUGUUAUA